AUGACUCUAGCCUGGAGACAUUUGCUGAGAGCUUUGUACCUGGAGAGCUCAACUCCCAGGACUCCCAAGACACGCCCUUCCCCCAAAGUAGGUGCUUUCUGGACAUCUGUAACCAAGCUCGGUCUUCAUACAAAGCCCAGCAUGCCUCCGUGUGACUUCACACCUGAAAGAUACCAGUCCCUUGCCUAUAAUCGAGUCCUGGAGAUCCACAAGCAACAUCUUUCUCCUGUGCUGACAGCCUAUUUCUCAGAGCCCUUGUUGCUCCACCAGGGGCACAUGGAGUGGCUCUUUGAUUAUGAAGGAAACAGAUACCUGGAUUUCUUUUCUGGGAUUGUCACUGUCAGUGUUGGUCACUGCCACCCGAAAGUAAACGCAGUGGCACAAAAGCAGCUUGGCCGCCUAUGGCACACAAGUGCCGUCUUCUUCCACCCUCCGAUCCACGAAUAUGCAGAGAAGCUUUCAGCGCUUCUUCCUGAACCUCUGAAGGUCAUUUUCCUGAUGAACAGUGGCUCAGAAGCCAAUGACCUAGCCAUGCUGAUGGCCAGAGCACACUCAAAUAACACAGAUAUCAUUUCUUUCAGAGGAGCCUACCAUGGAUGCAGUCCUUACACACUUGGCUUGACAAAUGUAGGGUUCUACAAAAUGGAACUCCCCAGUGGGAUGGGCUGCCAAUCAACGAUGUGCCCGGAUGUUUUCUGUGGCCCUUGGGGAGGAAGCCACUGCCGAGAUUCUCCAGUGCAAACAAUUAGGAAAUGCAGCUGUGCACCAGACUGCUGCCAAGCUAAAGACCAAUAUAUUGAACAAUUCAAAGAUACUCUGAGGACUUCUGUAGCCAAAUCAAUUGCUGGAUUUUUUGCAGAGCCAAUUCAAGGGGUGAAUGGCGUUGUCCAGUACCCAAAGGGGUUUCUAAAGGAAGCCUUCGAGCUGGUGCGUGAGCGGGGAGGCGUGUGCAUCGCAGAUGAAGUGCAGACAGGAUUUGGAAGGUUGGGUUCUCACUUCUGGGGCUUCCAAACGCAUGGUGUCCUGCCGGAUAUUGUCACCAUGGCUAAAGGGAUUGGGAAUGGCUUUCCCAUGGCAGCAGUUGUCACAACUCCAGAGAUUGCCAAGUCUUUGGCUAAACGCCUGCUUCACUUCAAUACCUUCGGAGGGAACCCCAUGGCCUGCGCCAUUGGAUCAUCGGUGCUUGAGGUGAUUAAAGAAGAAAAUCUACAAGAAAACAGCCAGGAAGUUGGCACCUAUAUGUUACUGAAGUUUGCUAAGCUGAGGGAUGAAUUUGAAAUCGUCGGAGACGUCCGAGGCAAAGGCCUCAUGAUAGGAAUAGAGAUGGUGAAGGAUAAGACGAGCCGUCAGCCUCUUCCCCGUGAAGAAGUAAAUCAAAUCCACCAGGACUGCAAACGCAUGGGGCUUCUGAUUGGCAGGGGUGGCACUUUUUCUCAGACAUUCCGCAUCGCACCCUCCAUGUGCAUCACUAAACCAGAAGUUGAUUUUGCAGUGGAAGUAUUCCGUUCUGCCUUAAUCCAACACUUGGAGAGCCAAGACAAAUAA